UCUGCUUCAGGUUUCCGGAUUUUAGCUUUAUUUGUCCUGUUACUUGUGGCCGAUGUCAAAUCUUCAGCAGAUUCUCAGCUAUGUGAACCUUGUGGACCCCGAGGACCUCCAGGACCCAGGGGUCCUCCAGGGCUACUUGGUUUAGCAGGACCCCCAGGUGUAACAGGACCAAGAGGUAUACCUGAGGUGCCUGGAGCAGUUGAGAAAUGCCCAUGUCUACCUCAAUCUGCCUUUUCCGUCAAGCUGAGUGGGCCUCUCCCAGGACCCUCCCAGCCCAUUGUCUUCCAGGAAGUUCUGUACAAUCGUCAGGGCCACUUUGACCUGGCCACUGCAGUGUUCGCCUGCGGCGUCCCUGGCGUGUACCACUUUGGCUUUGACAUUGCAUUGUUUCAGAAUGCUGUCAAGGAUGCUUUCCCCACCCACUCUGCUUGCCGAUGCCCACUCUUCCCAGGAGGUUCAGCUGAAGCAUCCGUCACCUUCCCUAUGAAGCCCUGCCUGAUCACCACCUCCUGCCCUUCCCCGACCCUAGGUCCUGGAGCGCGACGGACAAUCUUAUUAUUCUGUAUGUCCCCACGGUUUAGCAGGGGAUUUGCAUAUUGUAAGCCUGCAUUCCGAGCUUUCCCCAUGUGAUGGUGUAAUGGCCAUUGGAAGCCUAUGAGCAUCCUCCUGGAAAAACAACAAGAGACUCUGUAAAGACCACCACGUUCCUGAUCACCUCUUUAAAGCCUUUCUACAGUUCUCUCCCACCACCUCGCCCUCCAGAACCGACAACUACACAGGUGGCAGAUGGUAUCUAGAGUAAUUUGCCUCCCUCACGAGAGCUCUUCAAAGCCAUAGUGUGUUAUGCGACUCACAUUGUGUCACAUAAAACAGGUGCUCCGUAGACAACUUUCAAGUUGAAUUCAACCAAGGAAGAUGAGAUGGGGGUGGGAUCAACUGCCCCCCAACCAAUUCAACUGACCUUAUUUUAUUACUCUCAAAAAAGAAAGCUCCCAGAGUACAUUUCACCUAUGAGUCAAUCAAUGGACUUGUGCUUUACCCACGGUAUCUGGAUUCAUGGUAGUAACCUACAGCAACGGUUCUCAGUCUUAACCUUGCCUCUACAGGAAAAAUUUCUGGAAAAUUCCCUGAUGGUCCAGUGGUUAGGACUCUGUGAUUUCACUGCCAAGGGUGAGGGUUCAAUCCCUGGUUGGGGAACUAAGAUCUUGUAAGCUGCGUAGCGAGGCCGAAAAAAAAAGUUCUGGGAAGCUUUCAAAACUCCCAAUGCCCCUGUCACACACCCAACCAAUUCACACAGAAGAUCUUGAGGGUGGGACCCAUGCAUCAGUUUUUUAAAGCUUUCCAGAAGUUUCUGGUAUGCGGCCAAAGUGGAGAAACACUAUUGUAAAGUAAUCCAGAGCUGUAUGAUCCCGAUCAAGGAUUCCAUCACUUUCCUUUUUUUUAAAAUUGAAGUAUAGUUGAUUUACAAUGUUGUGUUAGUUUCAGGU